GGAAGCUCAGUGAGAGCUGGGCUGGCAGCCAGGCAUGCCAAGGGCUGCUCAAUGUUAUAAGUGCAACAUGCUGGAGAAACAGGCAGGAAGGGAAGCAAAGUCGCAGAUUUGGGCAAGGCUGUGACAGGAACAAAGGAAAUAUUGGCGAGGGGAGGUGCAGCGGGGUGAGGGUAGCCCAGCUGGGAGCAGCAGCAGGAAGCAGCCCUGGUCUUUCUGUGUGUGUGUGUGUGUGUGUGUGUGUGGUGGAGGGGGGGGGGGGGAUGGAGAGGGAUGCUCUGGGGGAGACGCGAGCAGUAGGAGGCAGCCUUGUCCUUGCCCAGAGCUGCUCGGUGCGUGUGUUGUGCACGGGGUGAUGUCAGUGGCAGCUGGGUUUGUGCAGUCAGUACUUCCUGUAUCAGGCAGGCUCGGUUAGCGGCAGGCUCCUGGGCUCCUCCUGACCCCAGCGAGCAGCUGGAUUGUCAAUUUCAGGUCCCCCCGGCACGGCUGCGUUGAGCUCUCCUCCCCCCCCGCCCCCCACCCGGCCCGCAACUCCUGAAGCUGGCGGACACCCCCAGACAGCGGAGCUGCAUGUGCCCGCGCCGCGCCGAGGGAGAAUGGCAGUCCCCAAACUCACCGACCAGCCACCACUGGUCCAAGCAAUUUUCAGCGGGGAUCCAGAGGAGAUAAGGAUGUUGAUCUACAAAACUGAGGAUGUUAAUGCUCUGGAUGGUGAAAAACGCACCCCGCUUCAUGUUGCAGCUUUUCUGGGAGAUGCAGAGAUCAUUGAGCUCCUCAUUUUGUCAGGGGCUCGUGUCAAUGCCAAGGACAAUAUGUGGCUGACUCCUCUUCAUCGGGCUGUCGCCUCAAGGAGCGAAGAAGCAGUGCAAGUAUUGAUUAAGCAUUCAGCGGAUGUUAAUGCUCGGGACAAGAACUGGCAGACACCGUUGCAUGUAGCAGCUGCAAACAAAGCAGUGAAGUGCGCAGAAGUAAUCAUUCCAAUGCUGAGCAGCGUCAAUGUCUCUGACAGAGGGGGGCGGACAGCAUUACACCAUGCAGCUCUGAAUGGCCACAUUGAGAUGGUGAACUUGCUUUUAGCCAAAGGGGCAAACAUCAAUGCUUUUGACAAAAAGGACAGGAGAGCUAUUCAUUGGGCAGCAUAUAUGGGCCACCUGGAAGUUGUUGCCUUGCUGAUUAACCAUGGUGCAGAGGUGACUUGUAAGGACAAAAAGGGUUAUACUCCACUUCAUGCUGCUGCAUCCAAUGGGCAGAUUAAUGUAGUGAAACACCUUCUUAAUCUAGGUGUAGAGAUUGAUGAAAUGAAUGUCUACGGAAAUACUGCGCUUCACAUUGCGUGUUAUAAUGGUCAGGAUUCUGUAGUUAAUGAGUUGAUUGAUUAUGGUGCUAAUGUUAAUCAGCCUAAUAACAGUGGAUUUACCCCCUUGCAUUUUGCUGCUGCCUCCACUCAUGGAGCUUUGUGUCUUGAACUGCUAGUGAAUAAUGGAGCAGACGUUAAUAUUCAGAGUAAAGAUGGCAAGAGUCCACUGCACAUGACAGCUGUCCACGGGAGGUUCACACGGUCGCAAACCCUCAUUCAGAAUGGAGGUGAAAUUGACUGUGUUGAUAAGGAUGGCAACACCCCUCUGCAUGUGGCUGCGAGAUAUGGACAUGAGCUUUUGAUUAACACCCUAAUAACCAGCGGAGCUGAUGCUGCCAAGUGCGGUAUCAACAACAUGUUCCCCUUACAUUUAGCAGCACUAAAUGCUCACUCGGACUGCUGCAGGAAGUUGUUGUCAUCAGGCUUUGAAAUAGACACCCCAGAUAAUUUUGGAAGAACGUGCCUCCACGCUGCUGCUGCAGGAGGUAACGUUGAAUGUGUAAAACUCUUGCAGAGUAGUGGAGCAGAUUUUAAUAAAAAGGACAAAUGUGGGAGGACACCUUUGCACUAUGCAGCUGCGAAUUGUCAUUUCCAUUGUAUCGAGACACUGGUGACCACAGGGGCAAAUAUUAAUGAAACGGAUGACUGGGGACGUACUGCUUUGCACUAUGCUGCUGCUUCGGACAUGGACAGAAAAAGAAAGAAUAUUUUAGGUAACUCCCAUGAAAAUGCCGAAGAACUUGAAAGAGCCAAUGAGAUGAAGGAAAAAGAAGCUGCAUUGUGUCUAGAGUUCCUGCUUCAAAAGGAUGCCAAUCCAUCGAUCCAAGACAAAGAAGGGUACAACACAGUGCACUAUGCUGCUGCUUAUGGCCAUAGACAGUGUUUGGAAUUGCUUCUGGAAAAAACCAGCAACAUUUUUGAUGAACCAGAUUCAGGAGCUACUAAAAGUCCUUUGCAUUUAGCUGCCUAUAAUGGUCAUCAUCAAGCCUUGGAGGUACUUCUUCAGUCUCUGGUAGACUUGGAUAUUAAGGAUGAGAAAGGACGCACUGCCUUGGACCUGGCUGCCUUUAAGGGACAUGCAGAAUGUGUUGAAGCUCUCAUCAGCCAGGGUGCUUCCAUCUUGGUAAAAGAUGACAUCACCAAAAGAACCCCGCUCCAUGCCUCAGUCAUCAACGGUCACACACCAUGUUUGCGGCUGUUGCUGGAAGUUGCAGACAACCCUGAUGUGACAGAUGCCAAAGGACAAACCCCACUGAUGCUAGCUGUGGCAUAUGGGCACAUUGAUGCUGUUUCCUUGUUACUUGAAAAAGAAGCAUCUGUAGAUGCAGCCGAUCUCCUGGGAUGCACAGCUUUACAUCGAGGGAUUAUGACUGGGCAUGAGGAAUGCGUUCAAAUGCUGUUGGAACAAGAAGUAUCUAUCUUGUGUAAAGACUCCAGAGGCAGGACACCUCUACAUUAUGCAGCAGCUCAUGGUCAUGCCACUUGGCUGAGUGAAUUACUGCAGAUGGCACUGUCAGAAGAGGACUGUAGUUUCAAAGAUAAUCAAGGUUAUACACCAUUGCACUGGGCUUGUUAUAAUGGUAAUGAAAACUGCAUAGAGGUACUAUUGGAACAGAAAUAUUUCCGCAAAUUUAAUGGUAACAACUUCUCUCCAUUGCACUGUGCUGUAAUAAAUGAUCAUGAAAAUUGUGCUUCACUGCUCAUUGGGGCCAUAGAUGCCAGCAUUGUCAACUGUAAAGAUGACAAAGGAAGAACUCCACUGCAUGCGGCAGCCUUUGCCGAUCACGUGGAAUGCUUGCAGCUUCUUUUAAAUCACAAUGCACUGGUAAAUGCUGCAGAUAAUUCAGGGAAAACACCACUUAUGAUGGCAGCUGAAAAUGGACAUGCAGGUGCAGUAGAUUUUUUGGUGAACAGUGCCAAGGCUGAUCUGACUGUAAAGGAUAAGGACUUGAAUACACCCUUGCACUUGGCUAGCAGUAAAGGUCAUGAAAAAUGUGCCUUGUUAAUACUUGACAAGAUCCAAGAACAGAGCCUUAUUAAUGCAAAAAAUAAUGCAUUGCAGACACCUCUCCAUAUUGCUGCACGAAAUGGCCUAAAGAUGGUGGUUGAGGAGUUGCUGGCCAAGGGGGCGUGCGUACUAGCAGUAGAUGAAAAUGGUCAUACGCCAGCCCUGGCUUGCGCUCCUAACAAAGACGUGGCUGACUGCCUGGCACUCAUUUUGGCUACCAUGAUGCCUUUUUCUCCUUCCAGUUCAAUGAUGCCUUUCAACUUCGUUUGUUUUAAAAAAGACAAUUUAAGCAGGACACAUCUCUGCGAUGGCUCCAAUAUGGGCAGUAUUAACUCUUACAGUAAACCCUUGAGUAACAAUAUAGGAACAGAGGAUGGGUACAAUGAAAAUGAUUCCGAUUCUGAAACGUUUUGACUUUGGUAUUCAAAGCUUUUUCUUAAUUGCAUUUGGGGUUGUUUUGUUUUUUUUUAAAAAAAGCUUGAAUCCCACAUUAUAUUUUUAAAGUAUUAUUAUUGACCGAAACUUCCAGAAUUGGGCAUUGAAAGGAUUAGUAAAAUUAAAAAUAAUCUAGUCUUUAAUAUAGAAGUUAGGGAUUUUCGUUUGAAUGAAUUCACAUUUAUGUUCUGUAGCUUCAAGUUUCACCGUGUUUUCUUUAGGCCCCAAGUGCUCCUGUGAAAGUUUCUAGCUCUUUUUUUAAGUAGAAAAAGAGAAAAUGCCUUUUUCUUUAUGACAGCACAAAUGAACAGGGAACUGUUGUAUAAAAUAUUCAUAUGCCCUAGCUGUAUAGUUGGUACACAGAUGUCUUUCCAAUGUGGCUUUCUUAGAUUACAAGAAAGAACCCCAACCCUCUCCUCAUUGUUGUCUAUUUCCUAGUUAACACAGGUUCUGUUGGGUAGAUAAUAGUUCGUUACACAAACCAAAGGUAAAGUUGUGCAUCUUUUUAAAGUACUGCCUCUAUUACCUUCUCUAAGGGAAAAAAAACAUUUUACACUCUGCAUGUAUUAAGCACUUAAAUAUACAGAAGGCACUUUUAAAAGAUCUUAGGUACAGCACACAAUUAGAAUACUGAUAUAAAAAUUUAAGGCCAAAUCCUGCUUUUGUCUCUCAUACCAAUAUUUCACCACUUACAUCAGUGGAAUUACUUGUGUGAAGUCAGCAUGAGUCAGCCCUUGAUUUGCUUUUUCAAUUCAGCACAAACAUAUAUGGUUUAUUUGCACUACAGAACUAGGGUCAUUAGGAGCUUCUGUUACCUGAGCAAUUAACCACAAAUCUGGUAUCAGAAAAAAAAAUAAGUUGUUGAUUGUGAUGCAUCUAAAUUUUGUUGCCAAUUUAAACUGAUAUUUUUCAUUUUCUUUUCUAAACUUAUAUAGCUUGUUUUUACCAGGAACAUUAUCAGGGUUUAAAAUACUUUUGCCAAUAUUUGGGUUAAAAUGAAUAGAGCGAAGGUAAAUACAGAGCAAGUGAAAGCAUUACAUCAAAAGUGGACAUACCAAACAAACGCCAGUAAAUUUGAAAGCAUAUUAUGGAAAGGGAAUCAUGAUGUACUAGAACAGCCGAUUGAUACCAGCUUGCUUAAGCAACAUCAACAUUGUGAAUAUAUCUACUCCUUCUGCCAAAGCUUCUAGGUCAAAUGGACCCCGUUCCUCGUCUGGAACAGAUGCACAAAAGGAAGACUGAGCCUUUAAAAAAUAAACAAAUAAACUACCAUGAACUAACCAGCUCUAUACCACGAGGACCAAAAUGCUUCAGUAUUUAAAUGGAAGAUUUUAAUUUUUUUCAGAAUGCAAAUGACAGAAUGAAGUAAUUUUUCUAAACAAUAAAAAUGUAAACUUUUUGAGUAAUGAAUAGCCUGGAGUGUAUUUUACAUUUUAUGACACAAAUUUCUAGCUGACAGCUUGGCGUUUUUAACUGAUGAUGUGUUGACCACAGUUUAUUUUUUUCCAGACUAGAGAGAAUGUUCAUAUACUUUUAAUGUAAAUGUGUUUAUAUUUAUUUGAAAUGAAAUCAAUGCCCAGGAAAAAUAACUAUGGCUUGUUCUCCUUUUUUGUGAAUCUUAUUUGGCAUAACACAAAAUGAAACAUGAACAUAAGCCAAGCCUGUUGGCCUGAGUGGGGAGGAUGGUGGGAGUGUGUAGCGUGGCCACAUGGGUUCAAAACUAACCUCAGGUCCUUACUCAUAUGGUUGGAUGUAAUGUGAAGAUGAAACAACCAGCCUCUGUUCGUAAGGGGUGGAGAGUGAAUUUGUGCAUUGCACCACUCGAGCACCCUUUAUCAGACAGAUUAGAGCAUAGGAAAAAUUCACAACUUCCUAGCAGGGAAAGGGGGCAUCAUAACACAGCUAAGGUAUGUGGCACAGGGAGGAUAGAGGAGAUGUACUGUGGCUUGGAGUAAAGAAAUUUGUGGAAACUACCUAUGAUUCCCACUCAGGCUGUUAGCAGGCUUAAGUCUAUGCUGGAAGGAUGGGAGGUGUCUCCUCAGUAAACACUUUAGGCAGGGUAAAGGAAAAAAUAGUUUUGUUUUGUUUUUUUAAUUGACAAUUCUGACAGUAUUCUAUGUAAUCAGUGUCAACAUUUGCUAAAAUUUGUUGACAGGUUCCCAUUCUUCAUGAAGGGAAAAAGAAACAUUUUAAGUAUGUAAUUCUUAGUGAUACUUUUAACGCAUAUAUGGGUAUCUAGUAGUAUACAUAAUACAUUACCUGUAUUUUGCCCUGCUAAAAUUAAAUGAUUGUAAUGUCUCUAUGAAUAUUAUGAAAUAGAAAAUUUCAAAUCUUAAAGUUAAAAAAAAUCUCAAGGGGUACUCCCUUUAAGGAUUCACAUUUCUCUUUUUCUAUGUUUUUCUGCAGUGGAAAUCCCAAGCACCUGAACCAUGGGCUUUCCCCUCUUACAUUAGUACUGUAUGACUAUUUUGAUUUUUUUUAAUUGCUAAAGAGCAAUAAAUAACUACUUUACUUAAAGCACUGAAAAUAAGGGGAGAGACCAACAUGGAAAGAGUGGUGGGUUCUGUGGUGUCUGUUUAGAAGUGAAUGGAAAUCCCACAUUUUGCUUUUUGUUGUUUCUAAAUAGAACGAACACUUAAAAUUUCAUUUCCUAUGGGUUUUUUUCAUUAGAAGGAGAAAAGGGUCACAAUUACCAUAGAAAUGCAGAGGUAAUAGUCACAGUGGUCAUUAAAAAAAGUCAGCAUUUCCUGUUAGUUACCACACAGUGAUAGCUAAGAUACCAGUAUUUUAGUAAGAAGUAAUUGUGCUAUCUGUGUGGUAUUUGUCAAUAAAAUGCUGACUUUAUGAUGACCCCAUUAUAUAUAACAUUAUAGAACUCUAGAUGAUUAUUGAAUUUCUUUGAUCAUUCUGUGGUUCAAAUCCAAAACCCAUUGAAUUCAGCAGAAUAAGCUUCCUACUGAAUUCAAUGGAUUUUGGAUUGAGUACAAUCUACAAAUAGCUAAAGUUUAUAUCUGGUAUUGUGUCUACUUUAAAACAAAGACAAAGGAACCAAAUCUAAAUUUUCUCAUUGACUACAAACUGGCCAUCCAGUUGUAUUGGUGAUUUCAAGUAUGGUAUAUUACAGGAAUCAUAGGAAAGAUAUCACAUACGCUUUGUUGGUUAUCCUCUUAAGGGCACUGGGAAAGUCCAUGUUUUGAACAUGGUACUCUUAGGAGAAAAAAAAGUACAAUAUGGGUUAGAUUUUCAAAAGUGCUCAGCUUUGGUUUAAUUCUGCUCUUGUUGAAGUCAAUAGGAACAGAGUUAGGUAAAAUGUUGAACACUUUAUAUAUUUUUAUUAGUACAAUAAUUUGUACACACUUAUAGAAAUAAAUUUGUGAUUUAGGACUUGCUCUUGCAAACAUUUAAACAUAACUUUAUUCUUGUAAUAGUCAGUCCCACUGAGUUAAUGGAACUAUUCACAGGAGUAAAGUUACUUAUGUGCAUAAAUGUUACAGGAUGAGGCACUUCAGCCCUGAUGCUGCGAGUUAUAAUGUUGUUAUAUGGGCUAUCUCUGCGCCUGUCCACAACAUGGGGCUCUGUGUGAAUGCACUGGUCUGUUCCUAUGGUUCUGUGCGAAGGAUCAGGGUUUUAGUUUAUAUUUGAACCACAGUUGUAGGUGGACUUCAUUUCAGGAAUAGUUCCCAAGUCUCCAUCAUAAAUACCAAAAGUUACAAUCUUCAAAUUGCCUAAAAUCUUCCGUGAUUCUACAUUGAAAUAGCUAUGGGAAUUCAGUUUAUCAUUACUAAAAGGGCACCGUAGUAUGUUUGGUACUUUUUUAUGCAGUAAACAGCUGCCAGAUUUAUUAUUAAAUUAGAACAAAUACAUAAAAUGGAUUAUUAUCCUUUGUAAUGUUGAGAAACUUGAUUAUGUAUCUGUUAGGAUGAAUUAACGACUUUGUGAUUUUUUUUGUCAUGUAAGAAACUUUAGAGUGCCUUUUUAUAUUUGUGUAUUCUGGAAGUGUUUUGUGAAACUUAUCUUUUGUUUAUUUCAUUUGAGUGUUAUCAAAGCAAUAUAAUACCAGUAAAUUUUCAUUUCAAGCCUUUUUGGGAAGUAUGAAGUAGUUUUUUUUCUUUUUGUAUGUUCUACCUUCGUUGAAAUGAAAAUUAAUCUGCUAAAUUUCUAUAGGAAAUUAUGUAUAAUUUUUGCAAUGCUGAAAAGGCUUUCUUAUUACACAAAAAGUAAACCAUAGGUCAGUGUUUAUAGGGCAGGAUGUUUUAAAAUAGUGACAAUCUGAGAGUGUGCAUAAAAUGUAAUUCUAUGCGUUUCUUAUGCAGUGAUCUACAUAUUAAAAGCCAAUAACCUUAUGUUUUGUAGUUUCAUCUUAUUUUAUGCUUUAGCAUGUGCAAUAUAUCUUUACAAACCAUGGUGAUACAAAUCUGGUGCCAGUGUUAUAUUUUGGAUAACAUAUUUGUCAUAAACAAUAUAAAAUAUUGUUUGAUGGUUUUGGUGGGGUUUUGUCUGUAAUGUUUUCUUAUGUAAAUUGGAGUUUAAUGACUUCAGUAAAUGUCAUGACUGUACAAAAUGAGGAAAAAAAAUACUUAUUCCAGUGAAUGACUUGGAAUCCAAUCUGAAUCUGUUCAAGCACAGCUUAGUAUCUUUUUCAACUACUGAAUGCUGUAUUAAUGUAAUGAAGUACCCUGACUGUAAACUACUAUUGAAAUGCAUUCAGAUGGUUAUUUUUACAAAUAAAAAUGGUACAAAUAUUGUUGCAAAA